UGAACUAUUGCGUUUGGUCAAGAGAGCCAUGCCUGAUGUGGUGUCCCGAGCUAUCAUUUGUGCCAUUUCAGAGUACGAACAUUGGCAGAAAUUGCCUGGAGCUCAGAUUGACGCCGAACUUGGUCUACAUGUGCUUUCCGAUGAUUUAGAUGCCAGCGCGGUCACCACAAUAAUGGCAGGGCGUGUCACACAUGAUGACUUGGAGCGUGGUUUCAGGGAAGUAAUCCAAGAUCUGGAAUGUUCAGAGGAAGAAUUCCCAGUCCUUGUGGUUCUGGUUUCGUGCCAUGCUGUGCAUGUGGACGAGAAGAUCUUUCCUCAACUCAUUCCGUCAGACUCACCAAUUGCAAUUGGGGGGGAAGUUGCGACCGCUGCCUUUGAUAUUGAAGAACAUUUUUUCAAUCCUCUCAAAAACUUGAGAUUUCGCUCUCCAAAGGCCAAAAGGCUUCGAGUUGUCAUGGUUUUUGAUUGCUGUCGACAAGACUUGUCCAAUUCCCAGGAUGUCCCCAGAGGCUUGCGCAACCUUUUACCAAGAUUAAAACAUGAUUUCUAUAUUAUAUGUUCCUGUGACCAGGGCAGUCAAUCCUUCGAAAGAGCUGAAAGUGGUGGAGCAUUGAUGAGCGUGCUCUUACCAUCAUUAAAGUAUGCCAAGAACAUUUGCGACGUUUUUGCUGAUGCCAGUUGCCGUGUGACGCGUCAAAGACCCAAUGAGUAUUAUCGUCGAGGGAACAACGUCCCUGUUUUAGGGUCUCUCCCAGACAACCCACCUGGUUGGGUAUUGAGCGAGAAGGAUGAAUUGGGUGAUGAUUUUAGGCAGGUUUCACUGGUUGUACUUUCUGGAAUCACGGGUCAUGGCAAGAGUACUUUGGGCAAUGCAAUCACCCAGAACGAGAGCUUCAAGGUUCCUGAAGUGGGCGCAGGCCUGUCUUCCGAAACAAAGUCAGUCAAGCAUGAGGACAUUGAAUUGGACGCAAAAAAGUACAGGAUCAUUGACACUCCUGGUUUCAACAAUACACAUCUCUCCAUGGAAGAAAUUUGGACACGAUUUUCAGGAUUUGCUGAUUUAGCGCCUGCUGGAAUCGACGUGUUUCUACACGUAGUGGAGUGGGGACCUUUCACCGAAGAGAAAAGCAGAGCGCUAAAGUGCUUGCAGGAGAUAGCAGGAGAGGAAUGCAAUGAACAUGUCCUGCUUGUGUUUUCCAGAGCUCCUCCUGAUUUUCAUCGCCGGAUUGUUGAGGAAAGUGAAAGAAACAGUAACCUGAAAGAGGCCCUUGGUACUGUGGGCAGUUUUACAGCUGUCAAUUGUCAAACGUUGGCAGAAAUGAAGAAGGCACAUGAGACAAUUACGGCGGCAGUGCAGUUCCUGAUUGAGAAGAAUGGAAAGAAGUACAGUAACGACCUGGUCAAAAUAGCAAAGACAAAUCGAAUACAGCUGGUCAACCUGAUGAAGCAGUUGAAUGAAUCUGAUGCAUGUGAAGUGCAGACACUAAUCAGUCAGGUAUACACCGGCAGUCUUAGUUCCGCGAAGGCGCUGGAUCUUGCAACAGAAAAAUUAGCACAGCAGCAGAGUCAACUGCAACAACCCCAACCUCCCAGCGUACAAGUCUCGAACUCUGAGGGCGCACAGGUGACCCGAGAGCGUUUGAAGGAAGCCGUGGUCCGAACAGUUCCUUUGAUGAGGAGUAUUGGUGCCUGUGGGCAAGCUCUCGCAGAUGCACAUGGUGGCCCAACUGGACAAGACUUCAUGUAUGGGUGGUGGGGCAGUCUGGGCCAUGUGGAAUCUUUGUUGUCCCACCAGCAUGAAGAAAAACAGAAAGAAGACCGACUAAAGGCAAUGGGCUUUUCAGAGGACCGUGUACGUUCAGCCCUGGAUGAAGCUAGAGGAGACUUUGACGCAGCUCUUGAGCUCCUUUUGACUGAAGACAGGUAGAUAUUGGGCUGGCGCUUCUCAGCAAGAACUUUCCCUCCGCCAAAGUGCACCGAUUUGUACAACAUGUAUUUUUGCCAGUGGAAUGACCAAAGCGUUCUUUCCAAUCAUCCUAUAUCCGAAAGUCGCUGCGCCAAGGGUAUCGACAGAUGUGCCAAUUUGUAGCUUUAUUAUCCUUUAUUGAGAAACCCAACUGGACCCAAAUGAAGAAAAACAAAUUGAAUUUGAAGCAGUAAGCACAAAAGCCUGCUGCGCAAACAACAGGUUUUCAAAUGCACUCGGAUUCGCGCCUAGGCUACAACUCCC